AUGGCUUCACGCUUUCAAUUGGGGCUUAUGAUCAUGGAGAGGUCCGAUGGAAAGUCUGCUUUGAAUGAGAAUUUCACUCUUCGAAGUCUAAGGCUUUUUGAGCCUGCAUUUGUGGGAGCUGAGGCCACAUUCACUACCAUCGCAGUCUGGGUCCAACUAGUAGGUCUUCCCAUUUCAUUCUAUUACAUGACCACAUUGAAUAGGCUAGGAAAGGAAUGGAAUCUUCGCGUGGACAAAGAGAGAGAAGAGAGGGCUAGGUCAACCUUAUGGAUAGCGUAG